AAAUCGCUGUUGAAAAUCAAAUCGAAAAUACUCUUUUGCCGUUUUAUACUAUACUAUACUAUCUACACAUAUAUUCCUGUUGUGGUGUGCCUUUACAAUUAUUUUGUCAGAAUUAUAUAAUACACAUUUAUAUAUUAUAUAGUGUCUGUAUAAUCGACUGUUUAUCUGAGUAUAAACUAUACAAAAAUACGCGUAGCAUGAGACAGCGAAUUUGUGGCAAUAAUAAAACACUAAAACGUCGCCAAGAGGAGCAGCAGGAAUUUGUUGAAAACUGUUGUCUAAGUAAACGUUGUAAAUAUGAUAAUAUUUGGCAACAUUUUAAGCGAAAUGCAACCCUUGAGGAAAUUCGCAGUGCGGCAGCACGCAUCUGUCGGGACUAUCUAACCGGUCGCUGGAAGGUCGUAGCCCCAGAAUCUUUGGUGGUGAAACGCAUCAGUGGCGGUCUUUCAAACUUUUUAUAUUACGUCAGUCUGCCCGAUUUGGAUGAGGACGAGGCUGCAGAGGAACAGAGAUUAUUGGCACAGCAGCAGCAACACGCAAACGACAAUGUUGUUGCCAAAGACAACCUCAUAGUUGCCUGUGGCGCCACAAAUGUUGUGUCCAAAAAUAGCCCAGUCUUUGCACGCAAUGUGAUUGAGUUGGAGGAGGUAUCCGAGUCCGUGAGUGUGACGGCGGACGAUGACGACGCAGCGACUAGCGCCAAGCAGGCGCACAAACGUCAGCGCUUCGAUAGCGAUAGCGGCGAUUCGAGUUCAUUGAAACGAUUGCAUGCUCCCAAGCAGGAACCGCGUGAGGUCCUGUUGCGUAUUUAUGGACAAACACAUGGGGAUCAUGCGCUGGAGAGCAUGAUUACAGAAUCGGUUGUGUUUGCCCUGCUCAGUGAGCGCAAUUUUGGACCCAAACUCCAUGGAAUCUUUCCCGGCGGACGCAUUGAGCAGUAUUUACCGGCACGUGCGUUGGCCACAGCCGAAUUGGCCGAACAGCGCAUACUACUGAAAGUGGCUGAGAAAAUGGGUGAGAUUCAUAGUCUGAAUAUACCCAUGUCCAAGGAGCCGGACUGGAUUUGGAAUUGCAUGCAGCGUUGGGUGACCAGCUUUGAGAGCAUUGUCAAGGGCAAAAUGCAAUCGAAACCGGACUCCGCAGUGCUCCAGAAGCAGCGCGAAUUGAUGCGUACCAUUGACUAUGUGCAGGAGAUUGCAUGGUUGCGAUCGGUGAUCGAAAGCGGGGACUAUCCUGUGGUGUUUUGCCACAACGAUCUGCAGGAGGGAAAUAUACUGCUGCGUCAGGCCACUACCCCCGAAUGCACGCCACGUGAAUCCAUCAGUAGCUUGAGAUCAAAUUUCGACGAGACACUGGGCGAAAGUUUGGAUGGCAAUAGCAAUCUGUCGGAGCCAGAGGCCAACAAAUCGCACAGUUCGUCCUCGUCCUUAUCCGGUCCCGAACUGUUGGACACCACUGAUGAUUCUGCAUUGGAUACCAGCUUUACGAAUGAUAAUGAGCCGGAUCUCAUUAUCAUUGACUUUGAGUACUGCGCCUAUAACUAUCGUGGCUACGAUUUGGCCAAUCAUUUCAUCGAAUGGACCUUUGACUAUACCAAUCCGCAGUUCCCCUACUUUCAUCAUAAUACCAAAAAUUAUGCCACCGCUCAACAGAAACGCGAUUUCAUUGUGAAUUAUAUGAAGAAGUAUCACGAUGAUGAGAACUAUAAUCCCACUGUGCAAGACCUAGAGAGUGUGGAUGCUGAGAUACAGUUCUUUACGAUGAUGUCGCACCUGUUUUGGAGCCUGUGGUCGGUGAUAAAUGUGACAUCAGCCAUCGAGUUUGGUUAUUGGGAGUACGGCAUUGCUCGAAUUCUGGAAUAUCAGAGACUAAAGGCCGCCUAUCUGGCCAAAUGAUAGGCGUUAGGGUACCAAGGGAGCAGUGAUCAAGGAUCGAAUGCAUCAUAAUUAAUCUUCAAUCUUCACUUGUAUCGAAUCGAGAAACGUACUUAAGUGACCUUAAAGAAUUAGAAGAGUUCCAGUCCCAGUCCUAGUCCCAGUACUUCUUCACCCUAGCCCAAGGAAUGAAUUCGAGCAGAGACAUGGAGAUGCCAGCGCUCUUAAAUGGAUUAAAUUGAAUAACUUAUUUUUGUAUAGAACAAUUAUUGAGAUCUAGAAUCGAUUAAUGCUGAUAGGAGAAAAGAAAAGAGUCAGAAGAUACCAAUUAAAGCUGUGAUUAUUGCAUGAGACAGACAGAUGACAGAUAAAUUACGAUAUGAUACGACACCAAUUUUACUAGCAAUACUGUACAAGGCUGACCAAAAAAGCCUCAC